AUGUCUGCCGAAUCUUCCCCGUCUCGCCAGUUGAGCGAAAGCUUGGGCAAAUUUCACAUAUCGUCGCCCAAAUUCAAACCAUAUAUGGAAAAUGACGAGUUCAGAGAUUCACAAUUUGACUCACAAGCGCAGAACUUCAAGAGCGGGAAAAGCUACGUUGGGAAGCUGGGGAAUUGGUCCGUAAAUUAUGGGACAGUACAACAGCAUGGCCACAAUAGUGAAAAUGAAGAACCUCCACAAUGGAAGCAAUACAUGCAGGAACAUGCAGAGCGUCAAGAUCCACAGCAAAAUGGCAUGAAAAGCUUCAAUUUUAAGGAUAACCUAGUAGUGACCUCCUCACUCAGCGAUAUUUCUCUCAUUCCAACCAACACUUUCAAGAAUCGUGGAACAAAACUUCAAAACGUAGACUCCGAAAGCAGUGUCGUACAGGAGCGGGAAUCGGCACUAGAAACUGACGGGGACCCGGCCAGAGAAGCGUUGGGCGUCUUUAACAACGUUUUGCGUCACCAAAGAUCAAAUUUUUUUGCACAGGAACAGGAAAAUCGACCCGAAAGGUCCAUCUCUGAGGAGUACGAUUCGACAAACUCAACAGGAUCCAGCUCCUCUUACGACUCAUUCAACCCCUCGCUUUCACCUAGCAUGCGUCAGUAUGGCUCAGAACCACCCAAGUCUUCGUCCAGUGGAGUGCCCAAGCAGCAACAGGUUUCUCCUCGCAGACCUUUGAAGCUUAUAACACCGGAGGACGCUGGCAUGGUUUUUAAUUACAAGGAAGGAGUCUGGGACCAACCUUCUGCCGCAGGUGAUACAUCUACAAGUGGGGCCCACGAUGAUUCAUCUCAGGACAAGCUUGUGUCAUUCAAACUGCCGCGCGCCAGACCUGAACAGUCUAUGAUGGACGAUACACCACUCUCGACGCCCAAAGUUGAUCACCGCUUCAUGCCUCAAAUAUCAGUUUCUGAUGAACCUGACAGCCGAUCUACGUCGGGGAAAAGCACCGCUACUUUGCGAACAGCGUUUCUCACACCUGCGGACACUACUCAUAAUUUGGUGGACAAUGUCACCAGCGUUUCAGAGCUCGACACAUCUUUCCGUAUUGCUAAGGGCGCAGUUGUAUCUGCUCUCGUGGACACUAUACCGCGAAAGGAAAUAUGGGAACGCAUUAGAGAACUGUCAUUGAAGCAAAAACGUUUAGAUAGUUUAGUGGGUCUUUCUGAUAUGACGCCACAGGUACUGGAGCUGGACGUCUCCCACAACAAGAUAAACUCAUUACAAGGAGCACCAAGUAACCUUGUCACAUUGCGAUGCGCCUUCAACCGGAUAGGCACAUAUUGUCAGCUUGACGAUCUUCCGCAUCUGGAAGACUUGGACAUCUCUCACAAUCUUUUGUCUGCGGAUUUGUCUCUUCUCGCAAGCUGUCUCCAUUUACGCAACGUCAAUCUCUCGAAAAACAGUAUUUCAUCACUUCAAGGUUUAGCAGAUUGUCGUGCAAGAAUUGAGACCCUCAAUGUUGCGCGAAAUCGCCUCAUUGGUCCAUUGGACUUUGCAGAGCUUGUGUCACCCGACUUACACACGUCUGGUUUCCUGUCGCACAUCUGUGAGCUAGAUCUCAGCGGUAACAAGAUAACCGCAAUCAAGAACUUACACUUACUAACAAGUUUGAAAGUUCUGAAACUCGAUGGAAAUCCGCUAGAAUCGCUCGAAGGCAAUACCAACCGCAGCCUCAGAGUGCUAAGUUUGAUUGGAUGUUCGGCGCUACGAUCCUUGGGAAGUUUCUCUCAUCUUCGUGUACUAAAGCUGAGCUGUGAAAGCCUCCAGCAGCAACAACUCCCGGAGACUUUAGAGCACCUCGAAAUGGUGGGUCCAAGUCCAACAACUGACCUGUGGGACAGCUUGCCAUUUAUGCUGCGAAGACUUCAAUUAAGGCGCAUGUGUAUCCAUGAGCUGCCACCACAGUUAGCAGCGCGUUGCACAGGUCUUCAUACUUUAGUGGUAGCUGAAAAUGACUUGAAGAGCUUGACAGCUCUGGUAGAAAGGUUGCCAGCGAAUUUGCGGGUGCUGGACGUCCGCAACAAUCCACUUUCGCAAUUUCAAAGCGAUAAAGAACGCAAGACUUUGACCGAAAUGAUGGCGUUGGCAAUUCCGGUUUUAAGGAAGGUGUAUUUGUGA